AUGUCUCACAUAUUCCGCUCCAAGACUCGCGUACGAAUCCCAACCAAUCUCAGUGUCACGGAGGCGACGUUGCUAGACAACUCCAUCCCGAUCCCUUCGGACAAAAUCAUAUUCGAAGAAGCCGUCAGCGGGAGAACUAUUACACAUGGCGAAUUUCUCACUCUGGUCAAGCUUGGAGCUGCCUGGCUACGGCAAAAACUUUCACUGCAGCCCGGGCAAGUCGUGAGCGUGAUAUCCUCCAGCUGUAUCGACUAUAUCAUCGCCGUACACUCGAUAUGGUGGGCUGGUGGUAUCGUGUCUCUGAUCAACGAUGCUCUGUCACCCACCGAGAUUGCAUAUGGCAUCCAGCUUGUCAAACCAGCCUAUAUUGUUGUCGGCAGCUCGGCUUCUGUCAAGCUUGCUAAGAGCCUUGGUCUGAGCGGCUCGGCGAGCGCAAGCAUCAAAGUUGUCGCAUUGGGCGAAUCUCAUCCACAGUGGCCAAGUUGGCCAACACUGGGCACAGCCCAAGGAAACAUACAGGAGAUUGAAGCUUAUUCUUUUGCAAAUGGCGACAACCGACAGGUUCCUGCGGCGAUCAUGUUAUCUAGCGGAACAACUGGUCACCCCAAGGCUGUUGUUCUCUCCCACUACAACCUCAUUGCAGUGAACUACCAAUUGCGAGCGGACAAUCCCGACAACUGGAGGAGUGAUAUGCGUGAGGUUUUCUUCCCACCCUUAUCUCAUGUCUACGCGCUAUAUGUAGCUAUGACCGGGGCUCCUUGGCUGGGCUACUAUGUCUGUCUGAUGCCGCGGUUCGAAUUGGAACGUUUCUGUCGCCUUCUUUCUGAGAGAAAGGCAACAUUGGCUAGAUUAGUGCCUCCGGUCGCGAAGAUGCUUGCUGAGAGCCCUAUUACCCGGCGAUACAAAUAUCCAGCGUUGGAAUAUUUCACUUGCUCGGCCGCUCCUUUGAGUGAGAAAACCGCGACCGAGUUGAGAACAGUAUUUCCCGGAGUCAAACUAUGUCAGACAUACGGGUGUACCGAAGCUUCCGGCGCAUGUGUCCAAUCCGGCACUCGCAACACAGACAUGCCAUUAAAUGCGACAGGGAAACUCAUUGCAAACGCAGAGAUCAAGUUUAUCGAUGCGGCCGGCAAUGAUGUGGCCCAGGGUGAAACAGGCGAGAUCACCUUGCGCGGCCCACAUAUCAUGAUGGGCUAUUUGGGAGAUCCCAAAGCUACGAGAGAGCAUAUGCUGGAUGGUGGUUGGUACAGAACGGGAGACCUUGGGCAUUUAGAUGCGCAAGGAUAUCUCUUCGUUAGUGGUCGAAUCAAGGAUAUCAUCAAGUCUAAUGGAUUCCAAGUUUCCCCUUUAGAGCUUGAAGAGAUACUUGUUCGUCAUCCACUCGUCAAGGAGGCAGCUGUACACAGCGUGUGGAGUGAGCGCAAUGCUACGGAUCUACUACGCGCCUAUAUCGUGUCCGAGGAGCCACCAAUGAAGGCCGUGCGGGAUAUGGAGAAGGCAGCACAAUCGAUAGCCGAGUUUGUGGCCCGCCAAGUAGCUGGUUAUAAACAAUUGAGAGGUGGAGUAGUAUUUGUUGAUUCUUUGCCUAAGAGUCCAACUGGAAAGCUGCUGAGGCGGCUUCUGAAGGACAUAGAGAAGACCGGAUCUGCUCCUCUUCAAGCAAAGCUAUAG